GGAAAGCAAUAAAACAUGUUGCACCACGAAGAGCAUACAAAAAUCGAAAUUAUUAUUAUUAUAUACUCGUGGGUAUAUAUGUUUUUUCGUAUGUGCGAACAUGCCGUUUUCAUUUGCUACACAACCAACAACCAAUUCACGCUUUUAUGCCACAUCAUAGGCAGCUCAACUCAACUCUACGAGCAUACUUGCGUGCUUAGCCCAUCCGAACAUUACACUUCGCGCGCGUUUAAGUCGAGCUCACACACGCAUGGCGGGACGGAUGUAUGGACGUGCGAAGAGGCUAUGAGCGGAGCACUGAAAGUGAUACCCCGAUGAUUAAGCGUCGAUAUGAAGCUAUCCAUCGACUUACAAACUAGUUCGUAUUACAGUCACUUGUUGUGGUUAAACAAUUACUGGCUCGUCGAACUUCAAUUUGUCGGUUGCAGCGCUUGCCUCAGCCGAAGAGGAAAAGUGUGCUGAAGACCGCGUUGAUGGUGUUGACGAUAAUGACAAUUAAGUUACCAAAGCGACGUUCAAGACAAGAAGGCAGACGAACCAACCAACAACACUCGCUCAGUCUUUACAUAAAUUAACCAAGUGUGUGUUGUUGCUGCUUCUGUGUUUUAUUGUGUUAUUUACCAAUGUCUAUUCGUUCGUCGUCUCGCGACUGUUGGUUAGUUGACAGCAGAGUCAGCAGAGCCAGCCGAGUGGCUCAUCAGCUUGCGUUGCCUGAAUGAAGAAAUUUAGUUGCGCGCUGAACGUGAACGAAAACGAUCGACGGUAAACGGACGCGGAUCUUAGUAUCAGUGGAGUGGAGAAAAACAAAACAUAGUUACAAACGAUUCGUAGUUGAGUGAAAAAGAGAAUGAGAAAUUUGUAUGUAAAUGCAGCGAAGCAGAAAUGUUGAUUAGCGUAAAUGGAUUUUGAAUGGCUAUACAAGCGGACCGAAGUGGCAAUCACUGGAACUAUUGACUGCACUGCACUGCACCUCAUGAGAUGUCAAUAGCCGACAGGCGCCAGCUUGACAAUUGCAGUGCAUGGUGAAAGAGAGAAUUAAAUAAAAGUAAAAGUGCUCGCGAAAGAACUGUAAUCGAAAGAAAAUAAGUAUGUAAAUAGACAUACAAAAAUCGGCUGAAAUUUUUUAUUGUAACAUAAACACAAGAAGUCCUCUUCGUACCUCGCAUUGCUCACCCAAAAUAUAAUACAAAUGGAUCUACUAAGUGCCGAUAAGCCAGCACCUGCCGGCAAUCCUAUACCACCCAGCUCUCCUACCACAUCCCAUGCUUCCUCCAUCACCUCGAUUAGUAGCGGCCACAAAACGCAUGGUGUCCAGAAGUUUUGUUCGAAAAUACGUCACAAAAUCGAGGAUAAUAUCGGGCCUCGCCUUACCGGAAAACUAUAUAAGUCGCAAAAACAUUCCAUAUCGAUGACUUCGCUCAGUAAUGUUGACUCGACGAGCGGCAAAUACACCACAAUCAAUAAACAAUCGACUUUACCAUCCCUACCCGCAAAGGCGGACUCGCCAACGCCCACAGCUACUUCGGCGCAUCGACGUCUCACUGGCAUGUUAAAGCAUCAACGUCAACGUAUUAGUAAAUCAGCAAAGGCGCUUAAUAAAUGCGAAAUUUCUGCACCGAUCGGCAAGGUCACGACCAAUUCAGGCAUUAUUUGCCCAGCUCUAUUAGAGAAAGGUGGUGCCCCUGCUACUGCGUCGGCCUUAGCGACAAUCACGCCUACGUCGCCUACAGAGAGUGCCACUUACGUGGAUAGCGAUGAUGAAUAUCAGUUAAGUUUGAAUCUGACAAAACAGUCAUUAGAGGACGAAAUAUUCGAGGAACUCGAGAAAGCCGCACAUGACGAGUCGAAAUUGAAUGCGGUUUUGAAGAACUUUGAUCGUCUGCUAACCGAUUACCAUGACAAACCAGCUGCUUGUGCAAUAGAACAGUCAGCACAAUGCGUGGAAAGUGAUGUUGCGGUUGUAGAGGCGGCUGCAGCUGCACAAUUAGAGCUUUUGGCACUGGAGCCACCAUUAGGUUUUGCCGAUAAUGAGUUCGACCGUCAUGAAAUAAGUGAGGGGACAAGCAAGACCUAUUUGCAUGAGGCAGAAACAGCAGCUGAUGCUGAGAAGAAGACAAUGUCCGGAACUGUUGAGACAAUCUUAGAAACAGCAGAGACUCCGUCACCGACAAAAGCGACGAAGGUUUUUGAAUACGAAAAAAAUAUAUUUUCGAUGCAAGAGCACAAUGCGUGUAAUAAGCCGAGCAUGAUUGAGGCAAAAGACGUCAGCGUGACCGAAAAAAAUUCAGGUAAUACCAAUCAGGUAUGCUCAACCAUCACAGACAGCCCAUUGUCGGUGGAAACUUCUAUCAGUAGCCCAAAAAAUUCAAACAAUAACACAAUAUCAACAUCGGCUACUGAAGAUCCCAUAACACCACCACAACGACCUGCGCGUCCAAAGCGAUUGGAAAAAUCCAAGUCCUCAUUGGCCAUACCCAGACGCAAUGUCUAUCAAACACCUGACACACCAACGCUGCGCAAUGUACGCUACGCCCUGGCCACACGCGCACGUUCCAAGUCCGUUUGGGAGUUGACGCCCAACUCAGCAGCGGCUGCGGCCAAUAGUAAAAUACCAAUUUUCAAAGCGCUACCAUUACAAAAGCGUAGUAAUAGCUUCUGCAGCGUUUCCUUAACGGAAAUGAUUGGCGAGAAGGAGAAAAUGGUCGAAACCAGAAGUUCAGCCGAGGAAUGGGGCGGUGGUAAUAUUAUAAGAAAAAGCGCUGUUGUCAAGGAUAAACCAACUGUAACAAAUACACAGCGCCGUCAACUGACAAAGGACGCACGUUCCGCCUCAACGUUGUCGCUGGGAACCAAAACACGCUCUCGUUCACUAUCAACAACACGCGCACCAGCGUCGACACAAAAUAUGCAGGCGCAGCAAGCAGUAUGCACAUCAACAGCUCAACGCUCAAAACGCAAAACGUUGCCUGUUGAAAAGCUGACACGUAGCAACUCACGCCUACAAAUCGAGAGAACGAAAUCUUCAAUCGGUUUUAACUCAGUCACACUGGGCACACACAGUCCACGACGCACACCAUCUAGCACCAGUUUGAGCAGCAGCAGCCAAUAUAGUAGUCAGAGUCAGAGCAGUAGUAACAGCGGAAGUGUGUCGCGUGUCAGCGUUGGGAGCUCAGCAGUCGCACGUAAGUUGCAUCGUAGUCGCGAUGAGCUUUUGGACAAGUGCUUGGAGAAGGGUCACGAAAUUUUGCGUAAGGUGGAGUCCAUAAACACGAAAGGUGGCGUGCGUAAGGCAGCAAUUGUGACGGCGCCGAAGAAUAAUGGAAAAACAACAAUGACGACAGCAACAAAAUCAUCCGUCUCAUCACAAGUAAGACGUGCUAACACAGCUGCAAACGCUACGACGCUGGCCAGCGCACGUACGAAAGUGAAAACAGCUGCCACCGGCAAUACACCAUUGACAGGUAAAAUAACGAAAGAUGCGUGUGCGGGUACUUUGCGUCGUAUACACGCCACCACCGCCACAACCCGCAACGCCACCUCGUCACCACCUACAGCCACAAAACAGUUGAAAUAUGCGAAUGAAGAGAAAGUACCACAACAACAGCUGGAGUUCUGCAAAAUAAUACCACCCGUAUUGGGUGAGACAUCCGAUAAACAUGCCGAACUAUUGGUCAACGUGGUGCAGUUCAAAUCGAACGCAGCCGAUGCAUGCAAAACAACUGCGGCACAAAAUGAACACUUGCUGAAACAGCGCGAAGAAGUCGAAGAAGGCGAAGAAGUCAAGGUAGAAGCAGCAUCUAAUUACGCUAGAGAACAAGUUGCGCGCAAAAUAAUCAACGCCUACCAAGCGCCACGUCACGCUGAACCAAUUGAAAAGCUAAUUAAAGUUGGUGUUGAAUUGAAUCAUCACAACAAUGAAUCGGAUUCUGACGACUCGGGACACAUUUCGAAUGAGAAUGACACAAACAUGCACACCUUAUCCACAUCAACCACCUCCAGUGUAAGUCUAUGUGAAUCUGAUAUUAUAGAGGAGGAGAAGAUUCAACAACGACCAACAGCAACGACUCCGUCGUCGACGCACGCAAAGUCGAACAAAAUUUCUGAACUCUUACAGAAAUUCGAGCAACAAUCAAAUGCGUCGGCACCUGCCACGUUCGGCGCCGGCGAGCAUGCUUCCACUCGUUCCACGCCCAGUAAAGUCUGCACGGCGACACGAGUCGCCAAACUCGAGGCCGUGCAGUGUAUACAAACGCAAGUCGAAUUUUAUCCGACCUACAGCAAAGAGGUAACUAUCAGAUUGCUCUAAAGCAAAAAUAAAUAGUCGAGAGACACAGUUAAAGCCAAAAGUAAACGAACGCAGCCUUAAAGUUAACCGAAAUUUUCCAACCAAAAAUGAACAAAGAAACCAACAACCACACAACCGAAUAAACAAUCCGAUAAUCCUUUAACCGCUAGUAGUCCACUCCUGCAUUUUUACGGUGAAAUUGGUACAUUUAAUUAUUGAAUCUGUGUUUAAGUAUUAUUUUUGAUAUUUUUUUUUUAUACAUUUUUACUGGUUUUGGCUAAGUAAAAAUCCAAAAUCCUGUAGUUUGUGCAUUCACAUUUUACAUAAAUAAUAUUUGAAAUUUUUAUUUUACACGCAUUAACGUUGCUCCUUUAUAAUCUAAAUCAUAUAUUAUUACUCUCUAUUAUGCAUAUAUAUUAUACCUAUUAUUGUAUUUAC